UGAGUGCCCGAGCGUUGCUGUAAAAACAAUAGUAACAUUGAACGGGAUCAUGCAUAUUUGUUUCUAGAUGACGCAAAAGCUCCAAAAUAAGGAAAUCGAUUUGGCCAUUGCAUUGACUGAAGGUCUUGUUGCCGGUAUCAGCAAGGGCCAGGAUUGGUACAAGAUUGUCGGCACUUAUGUGGAGGCACCUUUGUGCUGGGCAAUUUCGACAGGCGCCAACUCUCGACACACAUCCAUUGACACGCUCAACAAGACGAAUGUCGCCAUUUCACGUUUUGGCUCUGGAUCACAUAUCAUGGCCUAUGUACUAGCUGAUCAACAAGGCUGGUUGACCAAUGACAAGGACGACGAGGUGUUUUCGUUCAGUGCACUCAACAAUUUCCAAGCCAUGCGCGACGCCGUAAACAGUGACGCAUCUGACUUUUUCAUGUGGGAGACGUUCACAACCAAACCAUACCACGAUUCAGGUGAAGUCAAGCGAAUUGGCCAAAUCACGCCGCCUUGGCCUGCAUUCAUGUUUGCAGCCCACGUUGAUCUUCUCCAAAACCAUGUGCAGGAUUUGCAACGUGCACUCACGGCUAUACAAAAGGCCACGCUGCUGUUUAUGGAGCAAAAGGAGAACGAUUCGGUCAGGUUGGUUAUGGACACGCUGGACUAUAAUGAGGAGGAUGUCCGGAGUUGGUUCAAGACAGUGCGCUAUUCAAUGGACCAUAGUCACGUCUCGAGCCGUGCGCUGCAGGUGACCGUGUCGACACUGAUCAAGGCUGGUGUUCUUGAAGCACCCGGACUGGCGCCUGAGAAUCUGGUGGAUCUUCAAGUAGCAAGUCUUGUGUAAAGAACGUGAAGCUUUGAUGACUUGAUACAAAUAAAUUUCCUCCUUUAUUUCAUGGUAAAUGAUGCAGGU